AUGGACGCUUCGGAGAGCAGCAAACUGAGCGAUGGCAUCGAGGCGCCUAUGUGGAUGUUCUGGAAGCGGCGCCGAUACAUACUGGUGUUUCUGGCAUUCUUUGGGUUUUUCAACGUCUACUCGCUGCGGGUGAACCUAAGUGUGGCGAUUGUGGCCAUGACCGAGAAUCGCACCAUCGAGCAUCCGAAUGGCACCGUCAGCUAUGAACAAGAGUUCGAUUGGGAUUCCAGCACGAAGGGGUACAUUCUGAGCUCCUUCUUCUAUGGCUACAUCUUCACCCAGCUUGCCGGUGGCUACAUCUCCAACGCCCUCGGUGGGAACUAUGUGUUUGGAGUUGGAGUUGGUACAACCGCCGCACUGACCCUACUGACUCCGCUAGCCGCUCAUGGUGGAUACGGCUGGCUGAUAGCGAUCCGUGCCCUCGAAGGUUUCUUCGAAGGAGUGACCUUCCCCUGCAUGCACGCCAUCUGGUCCAACUGGGCACCUCCGAGUGAGCGCUCCCGGAUGGCCACGAUUGCCUUCUCGGGUGUGUUCACCGGUACCGUAGCCUCGAUGCUACUCAGUGGCGUGUUAGCUGACAAUCUCGGCUGGGAAUGGGUGUUCUACAUCCUUGGGGCGUUCGGAUGCCUCUGGUUUGUGGUGUGGAUGGUGGUCGUGAAGAAAUCACCCGAAACGGACCCCUACAUCACCACCAAGGAGAAGGAAUUCAUACUGGCCACACAGCAGCGCACGUCUUCCGAAACGGCGGAGAAGGUACAUCACCCUUGGCUUGCUAUCGUGACCUCCAAGGCCGUUUGGGCCCUCAUCGUGGCAAGCUUUGCCGAGAACUGGGGAUUCUACACGCUGCUCACGCAACUUCCGACAUUCCUGAAAGAUACGAUGCACUUCGAGCUGCAGGCAGCCGGAUUCCUUUCCGCUCUACCGUACCUGGCGUUGGGCAGUCUGCUCAGCUUCGCCGGCUAUCUGGCGGAUCUCUGCCAGAUCAAACGCUGGCUCACGACAACCCAGGUUCGGCGGUACUUCAACUGUGGCGCCUUCCUGAUACAAACGGUGUUCAUGCUCGUCGGUGCGUUCAUCCUGAAACCCGGACCAACCAUCGCGUGCAUCACCAUCGCCGUCGGUUGCGGUUCGUUCGCCUGGUGUGGCUUCGCCGUCAACCAUCUCGACCUCUCGCCCAAAAGUGCCGGCGUGCUGAUGGGCAUUUCCAACACCUUCUCGACCGUCGCCGGCAUCGUUACGCCCAUCGUUUCUGGACACAUUACAGCCAACGGGGAUGACGAUGAAUGGCGGACGGUUUUCUACAUCGCGGCCGGUAUCUACCUGAUUGGAUUCGUGAUCUACUGGUUCGGGGUCUCCGGGGAGCUGCAGCCAUGGUCAAUCGAGGCGCAGGAGCGAGACCAAGCGCAACGGGAGAAGGAGAACGUUUUCGUUAACGGAGGGAUGGUGCUGGACCAAAAGUCCUGAACGGAUUAAGUCCUUGCUUACAAUCUGUGGUCAA